AUGACGAUUGUGGUAGCAGAAGAUCCGUACCAGAUUUUACUUGGAAACAGAAUAAACGUCAAGCUUCACUGCUUCGUUGUUGUGGCUUCCUUCAUCUUCUUCGGUGUGAUCCCUCCUCUCUUCUAUGGCCUCUCUUUCAAAAGAUCUAACAAGAAACACUACAAAGCUGUGGUUGUUUUCGUCGUUUCUUUGCUUUGCGUAAUCUUCCUCUCCUUUGCCAAAGCUUACGCUUUUGACAUGGACAUACUCAAGACCAUGUUCGAAUACACCGGGAUAGCGAUCGGAGCGUCUACGCUUUCUUUCGUCACCAGCAAAAUCGUUAGCGGUAUGCUUGAAAAGUAG